AUGAAGCCACAUCAUCUUUCCCUGGCAUUAUUUGCCGCGCUACUGUGCCUUUGUGAGAACUACACUCUCAGAAACUCAGUAUCUUGGGCUGUCGCCUCCAACGAUGUCGUUGUGGAGGAAGAGCUGGACGCCGUGUCCGAGGAGGAGGUCGCCCCCGCUUUGCUAGUGGACAACAGCGGGCUGUGGAAACAGGCAUACCCACCCUCCGUUUUACGAAAUGGUGCGGAGAAGCCCAAAGAAACCGUCAAAUCGAAAACGGAGGAUGCAGCGCCCGUGUCAUCUGCGUCCAGGGUGUUCUCCUAUCGGAUGGAGGAGGUGAAAGCACCCGCCAGUGCCCCCUCACCUCCCCCACAUCAGGAGACUGCGAGAACCGCCAGAUACAUGGCCCACUACAGCGACUGGGGACAUCUCGCCACCAUUUCCACUCAAGACAAGGUACAGUAAAGCUUGUAGACCUACUUAAAGAAAGUGUCCUCUCCUCAGCAUUGCAAUUGCUCCAUGAAGCACAUUAACACUCAAUGGACUAUUAUGCCUUGUUUUUAGACAACAGCCAGCUGGUCUGAAGCCUGUAUGUGUGUGUCUGUACCUGUGUAUAACAACAUUAUUUUGUAUCUUCAGAUUAAGGACCUUCCGUUCGGGAAUAUCUUCUCGGUCAGUGAUGGCCCAAUGGACAACAGUACAGGAGUUGUCUACUUCUACGUCACUCUGAUGGACAACACUGUAGCAGACCUGAGAAGCUUCCCAUUCGCCUCUCUCACCUUUUCAGAGGCAGAGGGAGACUUCUGCAGGUAGGACUGAGUGACACUCACCGCCUUUUCUUGGGUGGGUGAAUGGGUGGGUAAUCUUGGGUCCCCACCCAGUACUAGGUUGAAGUGGCACAUUUCAAGUCUUGCUGUGUGUGAUGGUUACACAUUGUGCUCUGAUCCCACAGGCAGCAGGUGUAUGAUCCUGAGGACCCCCGCUGUGCCAGACUGACCCUGACAGGCAAGAUGGUGGAAGUGGGCCCAGAGGAGGUGGAGUUUGCCCAGGAGGCCAUGUUCUCUAGGUGUUUGCGCACGUUAAUCACUCGUCCUCCCUGAACAUGUUCUGUGUGUGUUUCUGUCUGUCCAAUUGUCUCUCACCAGCUCACCAGUAAUGAAGUCAGGGACUACACAUGGGCAAUACAUAGCACACCUGCCUGCUUGUUUAGUGUGUAUAAUGCUCUCUUUUGUCCUCUCCCUCCAGACACCCUGUGAUGAGGAAAUGGCCAGUGGGACACAACUGGUUCUUUAUGAAGCUGGAGCUCAAACAGGUCUGGCUCCAGGAUUGGGUUGGAGGGGUGUCACUCAUCCCCCUGGAAGACUACUUCAAAGCCACACCCUACUGAGAGGAACUUCAUCCACUUCUGGUUAAGAGCGUCUGCUAAAUGACUAAAAUGUAAAAUGUAAAAUGUAUAUUAAUUUACUGCACAGUGCCAAAUACGACACAUGUGUACCAAUACAAGACAGGGUGUUAGCUUCUAUGGGUGCCACAACAGCUGUCCUCUGACCACAUUCAUCACCACUCAAACACAUAAGAACAGAAUUGGAGACUCUAAAAGCUCUAGUUCUUGAAUAUUUUGAAGAGAAAUGGGGAAGAAUCAAGUGUUCAGUUCUAGAUCUUCUCUAGGCUGAGUGUGAGUGGUCUAACCAUGGUGCAUGCAGAGGUAACAUCUAAAUGUAAGAUGUCCCCCAUAUCAACCAGUUUGCACUAACAGAUACGUGUUUUUGCAGUUCAAGGGAAAGCUUCUACAGAAUGUGAAUAUACAGACAAGUAGAUAUAGAUGCAUAUAAGCAGACACUGGAGAUUGUUCCUAUUAAUGUAAAGAUUUUGUUGAAUGUACAGAAUGAUUUUUUUGCUUUGCAGAUGUUGUUUAUCCAAUGCUACCACCAAGCUUUUCACAAUCUUCUGUUCAACAGCUAG